UUCUCUCUUCUAUCAUUUCCUUUUGACCCCUUUCUUGCUUUCUCUGAACAUAUAGACAUGAAGGAAUCAAGAAGAAUCAGAUUUUGUUUCUCAUUCUUAUUCUUCAUCUUGAUCAUCUCUUGGGGGAUUUCACCAGUAUCUUCAGAUGAGGGUGUCGCCAGGAAAGAAGAGAAUCCGUCUUCGCUUUUAAAGAUCAUAUGUGGGAUUUUUGGCAAGAAGUUUCCACCAAGUUCUUGGGAAUUGAUUCAAAGCGCAAUGCAGAAGAUCCAGAUGAAGCUUUACCCUCCAAAUCUUGAUUUCAGAAGCAACAGCGACAAAAACAACAAGGACAGAGAAGGAGGAGAAGAUAAAGGAGAGAAAGUGAAAGAGGCGGCGACAAGGAGCCUUGAAGUAAGCAAAGAAGCUAUUGAAGAGUCUGCAAAACUAGCAGGUGGUGUUGUAGGAGAAGUAGUUCACAAAACAGCUGAGAAAGUCACCAAACAAAGCUCACAUGAUGAAAUGUAAUCACUGAUAAUGUUAGUAAACAAUUCAGAUUCAAAUACCAUUUGCCAUUUCAAAAGGAACCAAUCAUAGCGUUAAAUGUAGACAGGCUUUGGCGGAAGAAGAACUAAAUGAAACGACUUCCUUUUCUGUUUAACUUGCUAAAAUGUAGAAGAUCACAUCGGUUCGGUUUUAUUUACCGGGUUAUAACAAACCGGAUCCUAAUCAAACCGGUUAAACCAAAUCCGUUAUAGUCCGUAGUUAUGUUAUUGUUAACCGUAAUCGUUGACCUCGCUGGCGCGUAAAAGUUGUUACCGCAGAUAGGCUUUUCAACCGAGGUAAAAUUUUGUCAUCUGGUUUUAUAUUCCACACACGCGUUUAGUAUAUAUGCUUAGUCUAUGCUAAUUACAGAAAUAAUAUUGGUUUACUCUUUUUAAGCUAAUAAAUGUUUAAAUCAAUGAAAAUAUUAGCCGUAGACCUCAACUAAUAAAGAUUAUUCACAAACUCUAAUAGAUUAAUCUGAGUUUCAGUCCACACUUCCUUGUUAUUUUCAAAUAUACAUAUACUACCCAAGUGAAAAUCGAGUUAAUGCAAUCAU